CAUUCAGUAGGAGUUGAGCUGGCUUACGUUGCGCACACGUAUCGUGUUCGUUCGGUGGCUACGGAAUUCGGGAAGAUUACUAGUGCUCGCCCUAGAUAUUGAAGUCCUGUUUUUUUCUCUUUCUGUUUGACAGAAGAGGUGAGGAACAGAGUGACAACCCUGGGGGAGGAGAGAUAUUUCGUUACGGUGUUAAUCUAGCCUGGUUUUCGGGGUGAGACAUCGAGUGUCCCAUCGAAAAGACAGCAGAACCAGGUGACUGCAAAGCACAGCUCAAGCAGGGCUCCGUACUUGGAUCAUACGUGUAGAGGAAAAAUUUUCCUGAACGUGGAGUGUACUCUCGUCUGAUUUUCAUCCAUUUUCUUUUUCUGGUUGAGUGGAAAGCUUUUCUCUGUGCGCGAACAAAUAUUGCGAAGGCAAAAAAAUAGUUGCAAAUUGCGCAAAGUUCUGAUUGGAAAGUGGAUCUUGUGACAAAUUUGGCUGAAACGAGUGGGGUCGAAUCGCUCUAGAGAUAAGGUGCGGGUCAGGUGUGUGUGCGUUUCUCGAUUGCUGGAGCGAUUGCCGAAGAGUGGAAAGAAAGAAGCAAAUUUUUAUUCAAAUUAGGAGAAAAAUAUUUGUAGGCUGCUUUUUUUUUCACCAGCGCCUGGAUAUGUGUGAGUGUAAUUAACGGCAUUUUAUCUUUGGAAAUAAAGUUCAAGAGUGAAGUCGAGAAAUGCGAAAGGUGGAGAAAAGUUAAGAAGAGUUAAGUAUAUAGAAAGUCUAAACAGCUCAAAAGCAGAAAAAAGGGAGUAAGCCUAUAAAAUUGAAAUUGCAAUAGCAGUUCAAAGUGAGAGUGAGUUGAUCGUGUAAUAAAACAUAGUGCCAAUUGAUGAUACUAAUGAAUUAGCCAGAAUUGCACAACCACCGAAAUUCCAGUGCAACAGAAAAGAAAAUUCGCUUCCUAUCUGACAUCAAAUAAUCGCUGGUAAUUGGACACCGUGUAACAUUUGAGCCACACAUACCUCAUCAUCGCUCAUAGUGCCUUCGUGGCCCAAAAACUAUAGCGGAACAUCGGAAACCGCCGAGCGCACUCAUCUACUCAAUCGAAUAAAUCCUAAGUCAAUGUGGCGACAAGAUGGUUAUAGUUACACGGGGUGACUACAUAUGGAUCGAGCCCGUGUCCGGACGCGAAUUCGAUGUGGCCAUCGGGGCCCGGGUCAUCUCGGCCGAGGGGCGGCGCAUCCAGGUGCGGGACGACGACGGCAACGAGAUAUGGCUCACGCCGGAGCGGCGCAUCAAGGCGAUGCACGCCUCCUCGGUGCAGGGCGUCGAGGAUAUGAUCUCCCUCGGGGAUCUGCACGAGGCCGGCAUCCUGCGCAACCUCCUGAUCCGCUACAAUGACAACCUGAUCUAUACCUACACCGGAUCCAUCCUGGUGGCGGUGAAUCCGUACCAGAUUCUGCCGAUCUACACCGCCGAUCAGAUCAAGCUGUACAAGGAGCGUAAAAUUGGUGAACUACCUCCUCACAUUUUUGCCAUCGGAGACAACUCGUACGCCAAUAUGCGCCGUUAUGGACUGGAUCAGUGUAUCGUAAUUUCGGGGGAAUCCGGAGCGGGGAAGACGGAGAGCACAAAGUUGAUCCUUCAGUACUUGGCGGCCAUCAGUGGGAAGCACUCGUGGAUUGAACAGCAGAUUCUGGAGGCGAAUCCCAUUCUGGAAGCGUUCGGUAAUGCUAAGACCGUACGGAAUGACAACUCCUCUCGUUUCGGAAAGUACAUUGAUAUUCACUUCAACAAUGGCGGAGUGAUCGAGGGAGCCAAAAUUGAACAAUAUCUGCUGGAAAAGUCUCGGAUAGUUUCUCAGAAUGCUGAGGAGAGAAACUAUCACAUCUUCUAUUGCUUGUUGGCUGGAUUGUCUGUGGAUGAUAGGAAGAAGCUGAACUUGGGACAGGCUUCUGACUAUCGGUAUCUGACGGGUGGAGGAUGUAUCAAGUGUGAGGGCCGUAACGAUGCUGCUGAAUUUGCUGAUAUUCGAUCGGCCAUGAAAGUACUUUGCUUUUCGGAUAACGAAAUCUGGGAGAUUUUGAAGCUUCUGGCUGCACUUUUGCACACGGGAAACAUCAAGUAUCGGGCUACCGUCAUAGACAAUCUAGAUGCUACGGAAAUUCCAGAACAUAUCAAUGUUGAAAGGGUGGCGAAAUUGUUGGAAGUUCCUUUGCAGCCGUUUAUCGAUGCCCUUACUAGGAAAACUCUAUUCGCCCAUGGAGAAACGGUUGUAUCGACGCUAUCUCGGGAUCAAUCAAUGGAUGUUCGAGAUGCUUUCGUGAAGGGCAUCUACGGAAGAUUGUUUGUGUUAAUUGUGAAGAAAAUCAACUCAGCUAUCUACAAACCAAAAUCCUCAACGAGAAGUGCUAUCGGAGUUUUGGAUAUUUUCGGGUUCGAAAACUUCGAUCAAAAUAGUUUCGAACAGUUCUGCAUAAACUUUGCCAACGAGAACUUGCAACAGUUUUUCGUACAGCACAUUUUUAAGCUGGAACAGGAAGAGUACAAUCACGAGAGCAUCAACUGGCAGCAUAUAGAAUUCGUAGACAAUCAAGAUGCGCUGGAUUUGAUCGCCAUCAAGCAGCUUAACAUCAUGGCGUUGAUUGACGAGGAAUCCAAAUUCCCUAAAGGCACGGACCAAACUAUGUUGGCAAAGUUGCACAAAACUCACGGAACCCACCGUAACUAUUUGAAGCCGAAGUCGGAUAUCAAUACCAGCUUCGGGUUGAACCAUUUUGCUGGUGUAGUCUUCUACGAUACCCGAGGAUUUUUGGAGAAGAAUCGUGACACUUUCAGUGCUGAUCUUCUACAGCUCAUUUCGAGUUCAACUAAUAAAUUUUUGCAAACUGUUUUCGCCGAAGACAUUGAAAUGGGAGCUGAAACUAGGAAGCGAACACCUACAUUGUCCACUCAGUUCAAGAAGAGUUUGGACUCGCUCAUGAAGACGCUCAGCCAGUGUCAACCAUUCUUCAUCCGGUGUAUCAAACCUAACGAGCUCAAAAAACCGAUGAUGUUCGAUCGAGCUCUGUGUUGCCGACAGCUUCGUUACUCCGGUAUGAUGGAAACGAUCCGGAUUCGUCGAGCAGGUUAUCCGAUCCGACAUAAUUUCCGCGACUUUGUGGAACGCUAUCGGUUUCUCAUCAAUGGAAUUCCUCCGGCUCACAGAACCGAUUGCCGACAUGCGACGUCUAAAAUCUGCGCUACGGUUCUGGGCAGAUCCGACUAUCAGCUUGGUCACACCAAGGUCUUCCUGAAGGACGCCCAUGACCUUUUCCUGGAACAGGAGCGGGAUCGAGUUCUCACCCGGAAGAUUCUGAUCCUGCAGCGAUCGAUUCGCGGAUGGGUCUACCGGCGGAGGUUCCUUCGAAUGAAACAGGCAGCCAUAACGAUUCAGAAGUUCUGGAAGGGUUACGCACAGCGGCAACGCUACAAAAAGAUGCGCAUCGGCUACAUGCGACUGCAGGCCCUAAUCCGGUCGCGUGUUCUGAGUCAUCGUUUUAGACACUUGCGUGGCCAUAUCGUGCGAUUACAGGCCAGAAUCCGUGGCUAUUUGGUCCGUCGCGAGUACGGUCAUAAGAUGUGGGCCGUCAUUAAGAUCCAAUCGCAUGUGCGAAGAAUGAUAGCGAUGAAUCGGUAUCAAAAGCUUAAACUCGAGUACCGACGACAUCACGAAGCGUUACGGUUGAGGCGUUUGGAGGAGGAAGAGCUCAAACACCAGGGCAAUAAGCGUGCUAAGGAAAUAGCCGAGCAGCAUUACCGUGAUCGGUUGAAUGAAAUCGAGCGAAAAGAAAUGGAACAAGAGAUGGAAGAGCGCCGGCGCGUCGAGGUGAAGAAGAACAUCAUUAACGAUGCCGCUAGAAAAGCAGACGAGCCGGUGGAUGAUAGCAAAUUGGUUGAGGCAAUGUUUGACUUUCUGCCGGAUUCCAGCAGCGAAGCGCCGACUCCUCAUGGUGGUCGUGAGACUUCCGUCUUCAACGAUCUACCUGUAAACCAAGACAACCACGAAGAUAUUAUUGGUCCUAUUCACACCAUUUCCGAGGACGAAGAAGAUUUGUCGGAGUUCAAAUUUCAAAAGUUUGCCGCGACAUAUUUCCAAGGAAACAUCACUCAUUACUAUUCUCGAAAACCAUUGAAACAUCCACUAUUGCCACUGCACACUCAAGGCGAUCAACUCGCGGCACAAGCACUCUGGAUAACGAUAUUACGAUUCACCGGGGAUCUUCCCGAACCUCGAUAUCACACCAUGGAUCGUGACAACACCUCAGUCAUGUCCAAGGUAACCGCGACAUUGGGACGCAAUUUCAUUAGGAGCAAAGAAUUUCAGGAAGCACAAAUGAUGGGACUCGAUCCGGAAGCUUUCCUCAAACAAAAACCUCGAUCCAUCCGGCACAAGCUCGUUUCCCUAACGCUGAAACGCAAAAACAAGUUAGGUGAAGACGUCCGCCGCAGAUUGCAAGACGAAGAAUACACCGCCGACAGCUACCAAUCGUGGCUCGAAUCUCGACCGACAUCAAAUCUAGAAAAGUUGCAUUUUAUCAUAGGCCAUGGUAUUUUAAGGGCAGAACUUCGUGACGAAAUCUACUGUCAAAUUUGCAAACAGCUCACCAACAACCCGUCCAAAUCAUCCCACGCCAGAGGUUGGAUCCUGCUAUCUCUUUGCGUAGGGUGUUUCGCUCCAUCCGAAAAAUUCGUCAACUACUUACGCUCCUUCAUCCGAGAAGGUCCUCCCGGAUACGCUCCGUAUUGCGAGGAGCGCCUCAAACGCACAUUUAACAACGGAACUCGCAAUCAACCCCCGUCUUGGCUCGAACUUCAAGCAACCAAAUCGAAAAAACCUAUCAUGCUUCCUAUCACCUUCAUGGACGGCAACACCAAAACCCUACUGGCAGAUUCCGCAACAACUGCUCGAGAACUUUGUAAUCAACUCUCCGAUAAAAUUACCCUUAAAGAUCAAUUCGGGUUCUCGCUGUACAUCGCUUUGUUCGACAAGGUUUCAUCCCUGGGCAGCGGAGGUGAUCACGUGAUGGACGCCAUUUCCCAGUGCGAACAAUACGCCAAGGAACAAGGCGCCCAGGAACGAAACGCCCCCUGGCGAUUAUUCUUCCGAAAGGAAAUAUUCGCACCAUGGCACAAUCCCAUCGAAGAUCAGGUCGCCACCAACUUGAUCUAUCAACAAGUCGUCCGCGGGGUAAAAUUCGGCGAGUAUCGGUGUGACAAAGAGGAAGAUCUGGCAAUGAUCGCCGCUCAGCAGUACUACAUCGAGUACAACACCGAUAUGUCGAUGGAUCGUCUAUACACCCUGUUGCCAAACUUCAUUCCCGAUUACUGUUUGACGGGCAUCGAAAAGGCAAUCGAUCGAUGGGCGGCGUUGGUGCUGCAGGCCUACAAGAAAAGUUACUAUCUGAAGGAUAAGGCACAAGCGUUGAAGGUGAAGGAGGACGUCGUUAGCUACGCCAAGUACAAGUGGCCGCUGCUGUUCUCGCGGUUCUAUGAAGCAUACAGAAACUCGGGUCCGAACUUACCCAAGAACGAUGUCAUCAUUGCGGUCAACUGGACCGGCGUUUACGUGGUCGACGAUCAGGAACAGGUGCUGUUGGAGCUUUCGUUUCCGGAAAUCACCGCCGUCUCGAGCCAGAAAACGAACAAGGUCUUCACGCAGACGUUCUCGCUAUCGACGGUGCGCAACGAGGAGUUCACCUUCCAAAGCCCGAACGCCGAAGACAUCCGGGACCUGAUAGUCUACUUCCUGGAGGGAUUAAAAAAGCGUUCCAAGUACGUGAUAGCUUUACAAGAUUACAAGGCCCCGGGAGAAGCGACUACAUUCCUAUCGUUUUUGAAAGGGGAUUUGAUCAUACUGGAAGACGAAAGUACCGGAGAAAGUGUCUUGAACUCCGGUUGGUGUAUAGGAUGUUGUGAACGAACUCAGGAACGGGGAGACUUCCCGGCUGAGAUAGUGUACGUUCUGCCGACUCUCACCAAACCACCACCGGACAUUCUGGCGCUGUUCAGCGUAGAGGAUGCCCAUCACGGCAAACGGCUGAAUUCCAUCUACUCAAAUGGGGGAACGGAAACACGAGAAAGACCGCACACUUUGGCCGACUAUUCAUUGGAUCACUUCCGGCCACCUCCGAAACGCACCAUGUCCAAGGCACUGACCACACUGAGCUCGAAGCGUGGCGGAGACGAGCUGUGGCGCUAUUCGCGAGAACCUUUGAAACAACCGCUGCUCAAAAAGUUGCUAGCCAAGGAAGAACUUUCCGAAGAGUCCUGUCUAGCGUUCAUCGCCAUCAUGAAGUACAUGGGUGAUCUACCCUCGAAACGACCCCGCAUCGGUAACGAAAUUACCGAUCAUAUCUUUGAUGGUCCACUGAAGCACGAAAUCCUGAGGGAUGAAAUCUACUGUCAGCUUAUGAAACAGCUCACCGAUAACCGAAACCGGGUAUCGGAGGAACGUGGCUGGGAGUUGAUGUGGUUGUCUACCGGACUGUUCGCCUGCAGUCAACAAUUGCUCAAAGAACUAACCCUGUUCCUGCGGAGUCGCCGGCAUCCCAUUUCCCAGGAUUCGCUGCACCGACUGCAGAAAACCAUCCGGAACGGUCAACGCAAAUACCCACCCCAUCAAGUGGAAGUGGAAGCCAUCCAGCACAAAACCACCCAAAUUUUCCACAAAGUGUACUUCCCGGAUGAUACCGAUGAGGCGUUCGAGGUGGAUUCCUCUACGCGAGCGAAAGAUUUCUGCCAGAACAUUUCACAGCGGCUGAAUCUGCGGUCCAGUGAAGGUUUUAGCUUGUUUGUAAAAAUAGCCGACAAGGUGAUAUCAGUGCCAGAAGGAGAUUUCUUCUUCGAUUUUGUGCGCCAUUUGACCGAUUGGAUCAAAAAGGCUCGACCGACGAGGGAUGGGUCAAAUCCGCAGUUCACAUAUCAGGUGUUCUUCAUGAAGAAGCUGUGGACCAAUACGGUACCGGGGAAGGACAAGAAUGCCGAUCUGAUAUUCCACUACCAUCAGGAGUUGCCAAAGCUGCUGCGAGGCUAUCACAAGUGUUCGAAGGAUGAGUCGGUGAAGCUGGCCGCAUUGGUUUAUCGAGUACGGUUCGGGGAGAGCAAGCAGGAGCUACAAGCCAUUCCACAAAUGCUACGUGAGCUGGUUCCCUCGGAUCUGAUCAAACUGCAAACAACAAACGAUUGGAAACGGUCAAUCGUGGCAGCUUACAACCAGGAUGCCGGCAUGUCGCCAGAGGAUGCCAAAAUCACCUUCCUCAAAAUAGUGUACAGAUGGCCAACGUUCGGGUCUGCCUUCUUCGAGGUUAAACAAACAACGGAACCCAACUAUCCGGAGAUGCUGCUGAUCGCUAUCAACAAGCAUGGCGUCAGUUUGAUCCAUCCUAGCUCCAAGGACAUUCUGGUCACCCAUCCGUUUACGCGCAUUUCCAACUGGUCAUCGGGCAAUACAUACUUCCACAUGACCAUCGGCAAUCUGGUGCGCGGAUCCAAGCUUCUGUGCGAAACAUCACUCGGUUACAAGAUGGACGAUCUGCUGACCUCGUACAUCUCCCUGAUGCUAACCAAUAUGAACAAACAGCGAACAAUUAGGGUUAAAUAAUUAAAAAAAAACAACAACAACAACAACACCAUCAGCACUGAGUGGUUGCUUGAAGCAGCAUGAUUCAUUUAUAUUUUUUCUUUCAGUUUUAAAGCCUCCAACUGGGGCACAUUAGGGAAACUUUACAAAAUAUUUAUUUGGUUUGAGCUUGGCUUUAUAUGUUUUGUUUUAGCUUGCAAUCAAUGCACACACGAUCAUUAUUCGAUAUUUAGAACGGUUAGUUAAGCCUUUUCCGGAAGCAGAAACUUGGAAAAGGGUGUUGGAUUCCUUAAAUCUUAUUUGAACACCUUUGUACGAAUCAUCACGAUCAAACUCACAUGUCGGUGCAAAAUGCUUUAGAGCGAUCUGGAACAAAUGAAAAAAAAAGAUUUGUCGGAACUGUAAAGUCUACACGAUAACGUUUCAAUUUGUUUUAAUCAAUCGACUAUUUUAUACUUCAAAUCACUUUUUUUAAGGCCAUUUUAGCUUUUUUUCUAUUGAUAUUUUUAUCACUUACUUCGAACGCUCUCAAUCAUCACAAUAUAAUUGAAAAUAAAAUAAACUGCUUUAUUUAUUCACAACUUACUCCGCAAACACCAAUUUCCAUGCUAACAAACUCCUAUUGUUUUUCCUCAAUCACGCACGAUUCCCUUCUGUUAGGGCAUAAUUUAAAAGAAAACCAGUUUAUAGCUAGGACAUAUUCGUUAGUAAGAAUAGUUUUUAAAGGUGCAAAUCCGCUGCAACUAAAAUAGGUAGAAAGUGCAUUAGUCGUCAAAAUUUCAAUCCUUCAAUUCAGUCCGGGGAAACGUGAGAUUGAGUGAGUGUGAAUGUGACUCUAUUUUCAAAAAUUCUGGAAAUCGAAGAAGAAUGAAAGAUUGUAUGAAAAAUGGACAAUAAAAAUGGUACAUGCGAGAAGACUAAGAUCACUAGUUUCCUGGAAAGUGAAGUUAUAUUUUUUUGUAAUUUUAUUAUAUAACAUUGUUAUGCCUACCUUUAUACUAUUUUCUAUGAUCGAUAUACAAUAAAAUAUGCGUAGUUAAAUGAAUAA